AUGAUCCGUGUGGCGGGGGCUCGCGGCGUCCUCGCCGCCGCCUUCAGGGCCGGGACAGGGGGAUGGGGCCGCACCGGGGCGGCGACGGUCUCAACCGAGACCCCCCAGACCUCGGAGCCCCCCAGGGAGCCGCCGCUGCUGCUGGAUCCGCUGCCGUUGUCCCCCGUGCUCCGCUCCUGCCGUGUCCCCGUCCCCCCCCAGCGCCGCCCGGCCCAGGCCUGGGUGGACUCGCUGCGGGGCCACCAGCUCGAGCGCCGUGGCCUCGCUGACCUCCACCCCGGCGUCUUCGCUGUCCCCCCCAGGCUGGACAUCCUGCACACGGUGGCCACGUGGCAACGGAACUACAAGAGGAUUAGCUACGCCAAGGUGAAGACGCGAGCCGAGGUGCGCGGUGGCGGCCGCAAACCCUGGCGCCAAAAAGGCUCAGGCCGAGCCCGGCACGGCAGCAUCCGCUCUCCGCUCUGGCGCGGCGGUGGCAUCGCCCACGGCCCGCGCGGUCCCACCAGCUACUUCUACAUGUUGCCCAUGAAGGUGCGGGUGUUGGGGCUCAAGGUGGCCCUAACGGUGAAGCUGAUGCAGGAUGAUCUCCACAUCGUGGACAACCUGGACAUUCCCACCUCCGACCCCCAAUACCUGUUGGAUCUGGUGCGCUAUCGGCGCUGGGGCAGCUCCGUGCUCAUCGUGGAUGUGAAUGAGGCACCGGAAAACAUUGCAACAGCCACAGCCACCUUGAAAACCAUCAACCUCAUCCCGGCCGUUGGGCUGAAUGUGUACAGCAUGCUGAAGCAUGAGGCGCUGGUGCUGACGCUCGACGCCGUUGCCUUCCUGGAGGAGAAGCUGCUCUGGCACGACACCCGUUACUCCGCGCUCUAUCCCUUCUCCAUGCCCUACCGUGACACCCCCUGAACCCCCCCAGGGAAGGAUCUGACCCCCCCCACCCCGGAAAGGAUCCGUCUCACCACCAGGGAAGGAUCCACCACCCUUAGGCAGGAUUGGGUCUUUCUAAGCAGGAUUUGAUCCCCUCCUGGGCAGGAUUUGAUCCCCCCCUGGGCAGGAUCCGGCCUCUCCAAGCAGGUUAACCCCUCCUAGGGAAGAAUCCAACCCCCCCCACAAGGAUCUGACUCCCCUGGACUGGAUGUUUACACCCCAACCCCACCCCCGGGAAGGAUCCAGCACCCCUAGGCAGGAUUGGGCCCCCCUGGGCAGGAUUUGGACCCUCCAAGGAUUUACGCACACACACAUCCCCCCCAGGAGUAGGAUUGGGUCCCUCUGAGCAGGAUUUACCCCCCCCCCCAGAGCAGG